GAGAGCUCCUUUGGCAUAUAAAAACCUAGCGAAGCUGAUUCAUUCUGGACACCAUUAUUAGCUUUGGUGUGUCUUUCCCAAAGAAAAACGUCCUACGGUGAACGCAGUCAUGCCUUUCGGGAACACCCACAACAAACUGAAGAUGAGCUACUCCGCGGAGCAGGAGUACCCCGACCUCAGCCAACAUAACAACCACAUGGCCAAGGUGCUCACCCCAGAGAUGUACGGCAACCUGCGGGACAAAGAGACUCCAAGUGGAUUUACCGUGGAUGAUGUCAUUCAAACUGGAAUUGAUAACCCAGGCCACCCCUUCAUCAUGACAGUGGGCUGUGUGGCCGGAGACGAGGAGACGUACGAAGUGUUCAAGGAGCUGCUGGACCCCAUCAUCGAAGACCGCCACGGCGGAUACAAGCCCUCAGACAAACACAAGACCGACCUGAACCCAGAUAACCUUGUGGGUGGGGAUGACCUGGACCCCAACUUCGUCCUGAGCUCCAGAGUGCGAACUGGCAGGAGUGUCCGCGGCUUCUGCCUCCCCCCACACUGCAGCCGUGGGGAGCGCCGUGCCAUUGAGAACAUGGCAAUCGAAAGUCUAGCCUCACUGGAUGGGGACCUCAAUGGCCAGUAUUACGCCCUGAAGAACAUGACAGAUGAUGAGCAGCAACAGCUGAUUGACGACCACUUCCUGUUUGACAAGCCCGUGUCCCCCCUGCUGUUGGCGUCCGGGAUGGGCCGUGACUGGCCUGACGGCAGGGGUAUCUGGCACAAUGAUGGCAAGACCUUCCUGGUCUGGGUGAAUGAGGAGGACCAUCUGCGGGUCAUCUCUAUGCAGAAGGGCGGCAAUAUGAAGGAGGUGUUCCACCGCUUCUGCACAGGCCUCACAAAGAUUGAGAGCCUGUUCAAGGACAAGGGCCAUGAGUUCAUGUGGAACGAGCACCUGGGCUACGUGCUCACCUGCCCCUCAAACCUGGGCACGGGGCUGCGUGCCGGCGUGCACGUCAAGCUGCCCAACAUGAGCAAGCACGAGAAGUUCAGCGAGGUCCUCAAGAGGUUGAGGCUGCAGAAGCGUGGCACAGGUGGUGUGGACACUGCAGCAGUAGGCGGUGUCUUUGACAUCUCCAACGCAGACCGUCUGGGCUUCUCCGAGGUGGAGCUGGUGCAGAUGGUUGUCGACGGCGUCAAGACCCUCGUCGAGAUGGAAAAGCGCCUGGAGAGCGGCCAGUCCUUCAACGACCUGAUGCCCGACCAGAAGUGAACACGCUCUCUCAAACCUUCUAACCUCUUACCUCGUCACCAAUAUCUCCCCCUUGUCUCCAUAAACAAUCUUCACUACAUCAAGGAAAUGCACUCUGCCCGACACGUUUAGUGGCACAAGUUAGAUGAGUCUUCAUCUGUGUGAUGAAGGAUUUUGUAUCAAAUGCAAUCUUUUUGCAGAUGGAUAUUAACACCUGAAAUAAAAGUAUCUUUGGCCCAUGGAAUGUGUUUGUCACUUUGAGCAAGUGAUUUGUUUUGACAUUGUGUCAUGAAUUAGUCAUUUCUAAUACUUUUUCUGUGCUUAAUUACACUUGCCUACUGUAGCUCAAUUGACAAAGGGAAAUUCUGAUGCAAACCAAAUGUAUGGUGUCUAUAGAUGCAUUGUAUUCUGACUGAAUUCCCUUAGUGUACCACCUUUUGCAAUUGUUACCCUUCCAAUGAGCUUAUCAUAUAAACUACACCGCGAAAAGUACUGUUCACUUCCCUGUUCACUUCCCUUUUUUUUUUACCCCCUAGUGGCUGGAAUACAACUGUAUUAAGCCCCUUACAAACUUUGAACGUAGUUCAACCUGUCAGUUCCAAGAGGAACAUCUACCCUUUCCCUGAAUAGCAAUAGAGCUUAUCAAUUUGUAAAUUAGAGAACGGUGCAAUGUAAAUGAGUAAGCCAUUUGGUUAGGCUCCAUUUUAACACUGGAGACAUGCUGCAGUAUGACUGGUUUCACCUCUUCACCUCUACAGCUACCCCCCCCCCCUUACUUUUUUCAAUUUCUGCCUGUGGCUCAGAACCAAGGAUAUGCAUAUUCUUGAUUUCAUUUGAAAGAGUACACUCAGUUUGUAAAUGUGACUUGAAUGUAGGAGAAUAUAAUACAAUGAGUAAACCAUA